AUGGGAUCGCUUUUUCGAAGCGAGGAGAUGACCUUGUGUCAACUCUUUUUGCAAAGUGAAGCAGCUUAUGCUUGUGUCUCGGAGCUUGGAGAAUUAGGACUUGUGCAAUUUCGAGAUCUCAAUCCUGAUGUCAAUGCUUUCCAACGAAAAUUCGUUAAUGAAGUGCGUCGCUGCGAUGAAAUGGAACGUAAAUUACGGUAUUUGGAGAAAGAGAUUAAAAAAGACGGUAUCCCCAUGCUUGAUACCGGAGAAAACCCAGAAGCCCCGCAGCCUCGGGAAAUGAUAGAUCUCGAAGCAACGUUUGAGAAACUGGAGAAUGAGCUGCGAGAAGUGAAUCAGAAUGCAGAAGCUCUCAAACGAAAUUUCUUGGAGCUAACUGAAUUAAAGCAUAUACUUAGGAAGACACAAGUUUUCUUCGACGAGGCUGAGCAUGGAGGUGUCGUGUCGCAGAUGGCAGACCCCAGCCGUGAGGAAGAACAAGUCACUCUCUUGGGUGAAGAGGGCCUCCGCGCUGGCGGCCAGGCUCUCAAGCUCGGUUUCGUGGCAGGAGUGAUUCUAAGGGAACGGAUCCCUGCAUUUGAACGUAUGCUGUGGCGAGCCUGUCGUGGUAAUGUAUUCCUACGUCAAGCUGAAAUUGAAACACCUCUUGAAGAUCCUUCGACAGGGGACCAAGUUUUCAAGUCCGUAUUUAUCAUAUUCUUCCAAGGAGAUCAGCUUAAAACCCGCGUGAAAAAGAUCUGUGAAGGAUUCAGAGCUACUUUGUACCCGUGCCCUGAAGCACCAGCUGAUCGCCGUGAAAUGUCAAUGGGUGUUAUGACCCGAAUCGAAGAUUUAAAUACAGUUCUUGGCCAAACUCAAGAUCAUCGUCAUCGAGUUCUGGUCGCUGCUGCAAAAAAUAUCAAAAACUGGUUUGUCAAAGUCCGCAAGAUCAAGGCGAUUUAUCAUACCUUAAAUUUAUUCAACUUGGACGUGACACAGAAAUGUUUAAUUGCCGAAUGCUGGGUUCCGGUGUUAGAUAUUGAAACGAUUCAACUUGCGUUACGUCGUGGAACCGAACGCAGCGGUAGUUCUGUGCCGCCAAUCUUGAAUCGUAUGGAAACAUUCGAAGAUCCUCCAACAUAUAAUCGAACGAAUAAGUUUACGAAAGGAUUUCAGGCAUUGAUAGAUGCAUACGGUGUUGCUUCUUAUAGGGAGAUGAAUCCAGCUCCUUACACCAUAAUCACAUUCCCAUUUUUAUUUGCUGUAAUGUUCGGCGAUACUGGUCAUGGACUGAUCAUGUUCCUUUUUGGUGGAUGGAUGAUACUGAACGAGAAAGGGCUUGCUGCAAAGAAAACAGACAAUGAAAUCGCGAAUAUCUUCUUCGGUGGUCGAUACAUUAUUUUCCUCAUGGGAUUGUUUUCAAUGUACACUGGAUUUAUAUACAACGACGUGUUUUCUAAAUCAUUGAACGUCUUUGGGUCAUAUUGGAAAAUUUCCUACAAUUAUAGCACAAUAAAUUCAAAUGCGAAUUUACAAUUAAAUCCUAGUAACAAAGAUGAAUACUACCAAAUCCCGUACCCGAUAGGAAUGGAUCCUGUAUGGCAAUUGGCAGACAACAAAAUCAUCUUUUUGAACUCGUACAAAAUGAAAAUAUCAAUCAUUUUUGGCGUUGUACACAUGUUGUUCGGUGUAGUUGUUGGAUUGUGGAAUCAUAUGUACUUUAAAAGAAAGCUUAACAUAACUUGUGAAUUUAUCCCACAAAUUAUAUUUUUAAUGUUCCUUUUCUUGUACAUGGUGCUUCUUAUGUUUAUCAAAUGGAUAAAGUAUGGUCCCGAUAGCGGUAAAACGGACCCAAUACAUGGUCCUUUCUGCGCACCAUCCGUAUUAAUUACGUUUAUUAACAUGGUAUUGUUUAGCGGUGGAACUGCGCCUGAAGGGUGCAGUCCAUGGAUGUACGCUGGUCAAGAAGGAAUACAAAAACUUCUUGUAGUUCUGGCUGUUCUUUGCAUUCCGUGGAUGUUACUCGGAAGGCCUUUUAUGCUAAUGUACAACAAAAAGAAGCAACAUGUCCAGUUAAAUAAUCAUGGAACUGAAAAUGGUGAUGUAGAAGGUGGAGUUGAUUCCAUCCAGCCAAAUAGCGGUGUUGUUCAAGGGGGACAUAAAGAAGAAGAAGAGGACAUGAGUGAAUUGUUUAUUCAUCAAGGAAUUCACACUAUUGAAUAUGUUCUUGGCAGUGUUUCUCAUACUGCGUCAUAUUUACGUUUGUGGGCUUUAUCACUUGCUCAUGCUCAAUUAUCAGAAGUAUUAUGGAACAUGGUCAUGAGAAAUGGAUUACAACGAGAGCAUUGGUCAGGUGGUAUUAUUCUAUGGGCUGUGUUUGCAUUUUGGGCUAUUUUAACCAUUGGUAUUCUAGUACUUAUGGAAGGGUUAUCAGCCUUCCUACAUACACUCCGACUUCAUUGGGUCGAAUUCCAAAGCAAAUUUUAUGCUGGACAAGGAUACAGCUUCCAACCAUUUUCGUUUGAAAUUAUUUUAGACGCUGCGCAAUCUACUACAGAAGACUAAAACAAGUUUAAACCAUGAAAAAACUUCAUUUACAGAACGCAUUCUUAGUAUUGUUAUUUUGUGAUAUGUAAUAGCAAUUAUUAUAUUUCACUAUUUUUGUUGCUAUUGUCAACUAUACGAGAAAUAGUAUAAACAUUAAACAUUUUGAUUACGAUUCUAAAAAUUAUGAAAUUAUUUUCCUAAAUUACAGUUGUACGCUAAAUGACAUCCAGUAUACUAUUCAAGAAGUCAUUGUAACUAAACUUAAUUUUUAAUGCUACAAUUAUCACACUUCCUCUGAUGUGUAUUUACUUAGAGAAUUCAAGAAUAUAAAAAAAUAAAAGUUGUAAUUAGAUCUGAAACAUAUAAUGGAAGUAAAUAAAUAUUAUACGUAGGCAUGUGUA